AUGGCACCAUUCAUUGACGAUUCGAUGAGCUCUAAGAGGCCAAGCAUGCUUCUCUUGGAUACCCGCGUUUCAUUUAGCGACUUGCCUCCAAGUUCGUCGGUCCAAAAGCCGGGAACCGAGUUGGCUUCCAACAGCCAAGUUGACGACCUCGGCAACGGUAAACACCUGGAGCAGCAGGAAGACUCGGAAGAUUUGGACUCGGGAGCUACGGGAUCGUCUCAGCCGCCGGCCGACAUUCUGGUCGCAAAAACAGGCACCAGGUUCAAAUCAGAAGGCGACUCUCGACCAAUGCCCGGGGACUCGGAUGCGCCCGCCGAAUCACAGCCCUCCUCAACCGGAUACGACGAGAGUCUUCUAGAGACAGCAAUUCCCGAGACCCAAGACACAACACUCACCGAAUGUACAGGGAGUCUGGGGGACGAGCUUCGCGAGGCAUACUGCGACACGGAGAGUAAACAGCGCAGCGACUUCUUACCAAUUGAUGCGCUCGACCGGAUCGUCACCGAAGACCGUGUCAAAGAGGAGAUUGGAAAGCUCUCGGGCUGCUCAAGAAAGAACUUGAACCACGAUGUGCAACAAGUCUUGGGCGCCGCUUCAACGAUUCCAGGCCAGACAACAUCGCGGAAGAAGAUAUUUGCUAUCCUGGCCCUGAUUGAUAAGUUGGACGCGAUCUGGGAUUUCGUAACGGAAGGCAUCUACGACGUCCAUUUACCUUUCGAGAAGGAAAAGGCGCAAAGCCCAGGUGGACACGAAAAGUGGAAUGUCCAUAUCCCUAUCUUCUUUCUCAACACCAAGAAAGACCCUAAGGUUCGCCAUUACCCUCUCCAGGAGAGUGUAGUUCUUCCUUUCAUCGAAGACGAUGAAGUCAAACAAGGCGGCAAAAUGGGUGGUUUUGCGGACGUGUGGAGAAUCAAAUUCCAUCCAUCUCAUCACAAUCAAGGGGUUCUUGCUUCAGGCAAACGCGAAAAUCCAUCAUUCGCCAUCAAACGACUGCGUUACAUGGACGAAAAAGCCUUCCGCAAGGAGGUCCAAAAUCUGAAAAGGUUCAGCACCCGCGACUAUCUGCACCUCAUAAAGCUCCUGGGAACGUAUGAAUGGCGUCACCAGUACUACCUAGUUUUUCCUUGGGCCGAUGGCAACCUAUUGGACUUCUGGGAAAAGCACCCAGAGCCACUGGCCCCCAAGCGCGAUAUCAACACAGCUCUCUGGUUCUCCAAGCAGUGUCUUGGGCUCGUGGAAGGGAUGAAGAUGAUUCACACGUGGGACACGCCUGAUGUAGACGGACAGCACAACAUGUUCUCUUUCCCGACCCACCAAAUCUACGGUCUGCACGGCGACCUGAAACCGGAAAAUAUCUUGUGGUUCAAGCAAUAUGAGACUCACACAGAGCAAAGCUCGUCAUCGAUGGGACAUUUCAAGAUAUCUGACUUUGGGUUGAGCCACUUCCAUGGAACAAAAUCCGUUGCAGACAUUGAUGCCAAGGACAUGGGAUUUUCGCCGACCUACCGAGCUCCAGAGAGAGACGUGAAAGGCAAGGUAGCACAAAGCUACGACGUGUGGUCUCUUGCUUGUGUUCUCCUCGAGUUUGCAAGCUGGUACUUGGGCGGGUACGAGGAGGUGAAGACUUUCAGCCAAAAGAGGGUGAAAGAAGACAUGCAGUAUGACGGCGGGUACAGACAAGAUCGGUUCUUCAACUUCAUGAGAGCCUCACAGGGAGUGUCAGAUGAGGUGCAGGCCAGGGCACAGAUAUGUGCCAUUGAGAAGGUCUCCGUGGUCCAGGAGUUUGAGAGACUAUACGACGACCCUCACUGUUCCGACUACCUCCUCGACUUUCUCAAGCUCAUUCAAAAGAACCUCCUCCGCUUAGGGCCAGAGAAGAGGAGCGACUGUACCGAAAUACUGGAAAGCCUGCAAAAGUUUGACGAUACCUUGCAGAAAGACCCAAGCUACGGUAUCAACCGGGUACAAAAUCCGCCUUCUCGGUCGCCGACGUUGGACUCAGUCUUGAUGGAAGGAGAUAUUUCUGCGGAGUUCAAGAAGCAGAUUCGCAAGAAUCUUCCAAGGAGAAGUCUUUCCUGGGACCGAGAAACACCCUCCAUACCCGGUGUGCUCUCAUCGCCUAGCUCGAGUCACAUCAACCUCGUCUCAAGCGCGCGGCGAGACUCUCGUACCUCAUCACCGGAACGUAAAGCGAACUUCCGCUUGUCAAAAGAAUUGACCACUGUACAAGAAUCGCCCGGAGGCCAGGCACAUGAAGAUCCUGGCAAAGAGCAGCACUCACACCCAGGUGGGCAGGCAACAUUGACUGAAGACACCGCACAGACAGAUGAGGAUCACAAACUAUCGACGGCGAACGCUGCAGGUCUCAAUAUCACCUGCGGCGAAGCAUCGCGUCUCAGACUCGGGGAAGAGCAGCAGCAGCGUCCGUCUGAUACCGAGAACACCCAGCAGAUUCGCGCAGUCGACAACGCAGCCGCAGAAGUCGCGUCCACUGAACGCGCUUUAGGCGCGGGCUCCGACGAAGACGAAGCCUCCGGCAAAAAUCCACCAUCAAAGCCCGACUGCGUAACAAAUGCGGAAGAACAAGCAAAGAGGGACGAUGGUGAGGCACCACAGCCUGCGAUGGACGCUACUGCAUUGCCCGAAGCGAAUGGGGCCAGCCAGCCUGCUCAUCCGACCAAAGACAACGAUGAUGAACAUCAAGUCUCAUCCAGCGAUGUGCCUCAAGGCGUUGAGCUUGUUGAACACCUCAAGGUACCACUUGGAGGAGCAGAGGGGAGAUUUUCCUCAGAGUCGACAACUCUGUUUCAAGAUACGUCUGAUGUCGGGAAGGAAGAUGCUCGUAGCCGUCGUACGCGCAACUCAUCUCGGACGGGCAGCCAUGGCAGGGAAAAGAUGGCAAAACAAAUUGGAAAUGAAGGGAGUGUUAUUGAGGCCUCGAUCAUGAAAUCGACCUCGGACGAGAAGGCUGGGAGGAGGCGGUUUAAGUUCUUGUUUAAGAAGAUACCCUGUUUCAAUUAG